AUGGACCGGAAAACACUCCUCGAUCGUCUAACACACAAGCUUCAAAAGCGCUCAUCAACCAGCGCAUUACGUCUAUUCCCCAAAUCAAAACCCUCUACUCGACUCGAAGGUAGAGGGGUGCGACCGGCGAUAGCUUUCCAUCACGCCGGCUAUAAUCCCAAGGAUCUCAACGAUACGGUAAUACUACGUCUGAGGGGUUGCGUCCGUCACAAAAACGGAGUUAAAGCUACUACUGCAAUCAUCGCUCUCAAUAUUGUAACCGGGAACACUUUUCGCAGCGAUAGCUACCUGACGUCCGAGCGCCGGGGCCAAAGAAUCCAUUUACGACCAGAUGACAUCUUGGAGCUACCAGAGUACUGGUUUCACGUCCACGAUCCUGAAUGUCCGUUUAUAGAGUACGACAAUGCUUAUAUUUGCCCAUCGUUUGCGAUGUGGAAAUUUCCCCACAAAAACCUUCCCCCAUCGUGGGAUGUUGACAGGAGAAAGGGCUAUACUGCAGGACGAAACAUCUCUGAGUGGCAAGGUCGCACAACCGAUAGUCGAGUUAAUGCCUCGAUAGCCGUGCGCAUGCGCGAUGGGAGUUGCGUCCUGUCUGGAGUAUCAAACCUAGAAUGCUACUGCGCGUACAUCAUUCAAUCACCCCAAAGCUCAUGGUACCAUGAAGAGCUCUUAAGCCAGUACGUUUCUCAGGAGAAUCCCAACGCAAAACGGGCAAUAUACUGUCCACAAAAUGGUAUAACAUUGCGACGGGAUCUUUACCGGGCGUUUGGGGACGGGGAGUUUGCGAUCGUGCCGAAGGGCAAGCACUGGGUCGCGCACUUCUUCGACGCGACAACGAGACUGGGAGAGGAGUUUGACCAAAAGAGGGUCAGGUUGAGCUCAGACAUUCCGAAGGAGCUCUUGUUUGCGAAGUUUGCGGCCUGUGUGUUUCCGCUGGUGAGGGGCUUUGUUCAGCAGGGUGAGCAGCUUGAAGCUGGGAAUCCAUUUUAA